AUGAGCGAUACGCGGGCGCUUCAGACCGGGUCAAGUAACGGGUCUUCGAUCCGAAGCAGGGAUGACUGGGAGGACUGGGAAGACGAUGAGGUGCUAACGCCCUACAUCGAGAAAGAGGGCUGCCUGCUCAGGCAUGGGAUUGAAAAAAUCGAAGACGCCAUGGUCGAGCCAGCACGACUGCCAGACCGACGAGCGUCGCGACGAAUAUCGCGACGGACGUCAAGCUCGGCCGCCCUUCAUCCAGUCCAGAGGAUACGGACGUUGAGGUCCCUUCACAGGCAAAAGGCGCAGAAUGAGAAAUUCGGCAUCAAACUGGUCACCGACAUGGCAAAGUUGCGCCAGCAGCAGCAGCAACAUCAGCAACACAUCGCGCAGCAGAUGCGGCCGAGCCUUGAGCACCGGGAGAGCCGAACCGGCAAGUUUGUCGAUGCCGCUGCCCUGAAGGCCCUGGAAGGCGCGCCGUCUGAAGAUUCCAUUGGUACCCUUGGCUGGCUGAGGCGGAAGCCGACCAAAGGCAAGAGGGUUCAAAGGUUGGUCGCUGAGGCGUCAACCCCGGCCGACCUAUCCCCGAGUGCGGGGCCGAUCAUGAUCGGCUUUGCUAUGCCCUCGGACUCGGACGUUGUCAUUAGCCCGCAGACUGCUGUCGUGGAAACGCCCGUCGACUUUCCCCGGUUCUUCAAGCCGGCAAAGGUUGCCUCGCCCAAUCAGCCAACCUCUGCCUGGUCUCCCGAUACGGAGGACGGCACCUCACCGCGGAUUGAUGAACGCAGCUACGUGCCCGCUGUUCCGUCCAUCCCGGAGCACCACAGAGCUACCGAUGUGUCGCCCCUCAGUGCCAGUGACAACGGAAAUGAUUUCGCAGCGGACGGGCACGAGAAGAGCUACCGAGAUACAGUCACCACGCCGAUAUAUGUCAGCGACGACGAUGAUGACAUGGCAACUCCGGUUACAUUGUUUGAAGAAGAUGGCAGCCCUGCUACCACACAAAGAAAAUCACUCAGGUUCAAAGGCCGGCAACGGUCAGCAACGGUGGGAAGCUCUCGAUCUACAGGAUGGUGGGACCAGGUGACCUCCCCAUUCGCACCACCUACGCCACAGAGCCCCGGCUCAAACCAGCCCAAGCCAGAUGAAAAUCAAGCGUGGUGGAGGGACAUGGAUAAGAAACGAACUUUCACACCUGCUUCACCCAACUCAGUAGUCGAAUCCUCGCGCGGUCCACGGAGCACUCCCCGACUCCAACAACAACCGCCAGAAAUCAUCAUUGAAGACGUGUCGUCUCCAAUGCCGUCAUCUUCAAAAGUAACUCCACCGCCCUCGCGAAGGGCAGUCCAGCCUCAGAAGCCACGUGUAAUAGCCGAAGAGGUACAGACACCUAGUGAGCUGCCGCCACCGUACUCGCCGCCCUCACAAAAACACAACAUCCGCUACCGCGCAGUCUUCCCUGCUGGCCACCCCCUCAACAGCAUGUAUCCUCCAUCGCCCGGUCCAGUUCCGCCCGGCCUGUCGCAAACCAUGACAUCUCAGGGCGCCAUCAGUCUAACAGAGGUGCCUCUGACACCGCUGCCUGGUGUGCACCAGGCUAGGUUGCCAGAUAGACCUCUUGGGUCGUUCGUGCCAGGCGAUCAUUUCACCGAUGUAUCUGGACGCGGGCCGAGACAGAAAGUAGAGCGGCAGCGGCGGAGGCACGAGAAGGAGGAUGCCGUCGUCUGGAAGGCCGGGAGGCUAUGGCAUGGCCGGGGUUGUUUUCCCUGCUGCGGCUGCUUCGGCAGACCUGGGCGUGAGGGGAGGAAGAGGAGGCGGAUAUGCUUGGGCGUUUGCAUCAUGGUGCUGUUGCUGACCGCGCUGGGAGUCACACUUGGCGUAUUACUCUCGCGGCGGACCGCCGGCGAGGCCACAGCGCCGCCCUCUCGGUUCCUCAACCUCACCGACUUCCCACCGAUUCCCACGGGCAUCUCGACGGUGAUCGGCCCCGAAUCGGACGCCACGACAGCCUGUGUGCAGCCGCCGACACUGUGGAGCUGCUCUCUCCCCAAGGAACAGGCGGACUCGGUCGCACCGUUUGACGCCAGCCAGCCAAGCUUCGUUAUUCAGAUUCAGUUCGACAACGACCCGGCACAGCGGUGGAAAGUUAUCGAGGAGCCUCCGCGGCUGACCCCGUCUGAUUCGAACAACACAAAGACGGCAUCUACAACGACGACAACAUCCAGCCCGAUUUUGCGCCCACGUGCCAUUGCAGUCACCGGGUUUACUUCCCUCGUUCGAUAUAUGUUACAAAGGCGCGACGAGCCGAGCUCCAGCCUGGCCUUCCGACCAGAUCCCGCACCGCCGAGUCUCGCAGAGAUGUUCUUCCUAGGGAACACCACCGACGGGGUGGUCUCGGACGGCAAGGCAGGCGAGCCGACGCCUUUCUACAUCAGCAUGCUGCGGUCCAUUAACGACACGGUUGGGCCCAAGGUGCUCACGCGGCGGCAGCUCCCCAACGCGUCCGACGUUGCGCCGCCGCCGGCGCUCGACAGGGACGGCACGGGCGCGCCGGCCGUCCUGCUCAGCUUUCCGACCCAGCAACCCCUCCGGUUGUACGACCGCGGGCUGCCGACAGAGCGCUACGGCUUCUACUCGUACUUUACCAAGACCACGUACGUCAAGUCGGUCGCCUCGCUCCUCGGCAACGGCCCCGGCGAGGGCGGCGACUCGUCGCCGGUGCCCGCGGACCAGAACGGCGGCAGCCUCAGAACCGAAGCCAAGUUCCUCAUCACGUGGCUGUCGGUGCGGUACAAGGUCGAGAUCUGGACGCGCAUGGCCAACACGACGCGGCUGAACGGCAAGUUUUUUGGCGGCGGCGCGGCCGAUGUCGACCGCAAUGGCACGCAGCCGGGCUCGUUCCCUUACCCGGUCACCAUCACGCUCGACACGCACGGCGGCGAGCGGGACAAGAAGUUUGUAUUUGCCCGCGGCGUCGAUGAUCGGCAGCGCAUCGUGCUCGACGACGCCAAGUUUGUGCUCGUCAAUAUGAACACGACGGGGGACCUGGUCAACCCGCGCGGCGAUUUUGAUCCUAGCUUGGGCGGGAUCGACGGCGGGACGGGCGGGUGCAAGUGCGAACGCAAGUAUGCAACUGGGACCGGGAAUAUGGAACGUCGUUCAAACGAGAACACAGAGACCGGGGGGCUGCUGACCGUCGCCAUCGAGACGUCGUGUGACGACACAUGCGUUGCUGUUCUCGAAAAGCGCGGCAACCGAGCCCGUCUCUUGGUCAACACCAAGGUCACGUCCGACAACAGGAAAUUCGGCGGUGUCGAGCCCACAACCGCCGUCAUAUCACACACCGCCCAUCUGGCCCGUCUCGUCGAGCAGGCACUGCGGCACCUGUCCCCGACCUGCUCCUUAGGAGUCCAGUCCAACCAACGCCGGAAGCCCGAUUUCGUCAGCGUCACCCGAGGCCCGGGCAUGACAGCCUCCCUCUCGGUCGGCUUGUGCAUGGCAAAAGGCCUCGCCGUGGCAUGGCAGGUCCCGCUCGUAGCUGUUCAUCACAUGCAGGCCCACGCCCUGACGCCGCGGCUGGUCAACGCCCUCGAGGGACCGACGAACCAAGAACACCCAUUCCCUUCCUUUCCCUUUCUGAGCCUCCUCGUCUCGGGAGGCCACACACAGUUGCUCCUCUCCCGCUCCGUCACGUCCCACGCCAUCCUGGCCGAGUCCCACAACGUCGCAAUCGGCGACAUGCUAGACAAGUGCGCCCGCACCAUCCUGCCUGCCGACGUGCUGGCCAGUGCCGGCGACGUCAUGUACGGCGCCCUUCUCGAGAAGUUUGCGUUUCCUCCUCCUCCGCAGCCCGAGCACGACGACGGCUAUGGCUACGAGGCCCCAGCCAAACGCGCCGACGAGAUCAGGCCCUACACCUCCCCCACCCACGGCUGGUUCCUCAGCCCGCCUUUCUCGGAACGCCGCGACAUGGCCUAUGACUUCUCGGGCCUGGGCGGCCAGGUCCAAGCCCUCGUGCUCAAGAAUCCCGACAUGGACGUGGCCCAGCGCCAGGAACUUGCGCGCGAGGCGAUGCGGCUCGCCUUUGAGCACCUGGCGAGCCGUGUCAUCUUUGCUUUGGAUGCCAUCCGGGCUCGCGCCAGCGCCGCCGCCAAGGACGAAAAACAGAAGGACGGGGGAGCGAACACCACCACCGCCAUCCCCAUCGCCAUCCCAAAAACCCUCGUCAUCUCGGGCGGCGUCGCAAGCAACCGCUUUCUGCAGCACAUCCUCCGGCACAUGCUCCGCGCCCGCGGCUACCCACACCUGGAGAUCGUGUGUCCUCCGCCGCAGCUCUGCACCGACAACGCCGCCAUGAUCGCCUGGGCCGGCAUGGAGAUGUACGAAGGCGGAUGGCAUUCGGACCUGAGCGUUUUGCCCGUGCGCAGGUGGUCUAUGGAUGGCGGCAGUGGUGAUGUCGUGGACGGUGAGCAGCGGAAGAAACAGCGGGGGAAAGGAACCGGAGGCAUCUUGGGACUGCCUGGCUGGCUGCGGUUGCCGGGGGCGGCCGAGGUGGUUGGAGGGCUGCCGGACGAGGCCUCGACGGAGAGUGACGGGCGGCCGGAGAAGAAGAAUGCCCCCUAA